UAAUAUUACAGAAUUCAAAACUUUUAUUCGUUAUUAUUCAUUGUUCUUUAUUCUUUCUUGUUCUUUCUCAUUCUUUCUCGAGGAGAGUUAACGAUCAAAGAAGAUAUGAAUCAUCUUUAUGGUUAGCGUUGAAACUUUGAUAAUAUGGAUAAUUUUGCCGUCAAAAUGGAAGUUGAAUCUGAUGAAAAAUGUCUUCUUCAAAAAUCGUCAGAAGAUAUAAAAAUUUCAGAUAAUUUAAUUAAAACCGAAAAAGAAUUCAUAUCCGAAAACAAAAUUUUUGAGGAACAAAUGGAAAUAAACGUUUCUGAUACAACGAAAAUUUUGAAUAAUGUAGGCGAAUCGUCUUCUUUGUCUCAAGAAAAUAAUGAAAUUAAUAUAUUCAAAAAAAACUUCAAUGAUAAUAAUAAAUCUCAUUUGGCUCAAAAAAGAGAGGAGAAGAAAGCCAAAAGAUUGGAAGAGAGGGAAAAUAAAAAAAUAACCGAAGAAGAAUAUAAUCGUGAAAUUUCUGAACAAAGAUAUAAGCGUUUAAUGCAUUUACUCGAUAAAAGUCAAUUUUACGCUAAUUUAAUUUUAGAAAGAAAAAAUAAUCCUAAAAAAUUAUCACAAUCGGAAUUAUCACCAAAAAAAAAGAAACAAAUUUCUAAACGUAAAUGUAGUAUUCCUAAAGAAAAUUCACCACCACCAAUUAAAAGACCAAGAAGAAAUGUUCGACCAAGAGAGGAAAAUGAUUUAAAAGAUUUUGUCACUAGUACAAGAAAAUUACGUGAUCGAAAAAAUGUUAAAAAAUUAUAUUACGAAAAUAAUGAAGAUGAAUCAAUUGAAAUUGAAAAAAAUGAUAGUUCACAUGAUUUAUCAAUUGAUGAAUUAUUACCAAUAGCAAAUAAUGAUAAUAAUGACAUUGAUUGUCCAACACCAAAAUAUUUUGUCGGCGAAUUACGUGAUUAUCAAAUAGAUGGUUUAAAAUGGUUAAAAGUUUUACAUGACAAUGGUUUAAAUGGUAUUUUGGCUGAUGAAAUGGGUUUGGGAAAAACAAUACAAGUAAUUGCACUUUUUGCCUAUCUCAUUGAAAAACAUCAAAGUGGUCCAUUUCUCAUUGUAGCGCCACUCUCAACAAUUCCAAAUUGGCUAAUGGAAUUUAAUAGAUUUUCACCAUGUUUACCGGUGGAAUUAUUUCACGGUAAUCCUGAUGAAAAAUUGAAGUCACAACGAAAAAUUAAAAAAAAAUAUCCUAUUGAUAAUGAAUAUGAAACACAGCCAAUUGUCAUUACAACAUAUGAAGUGGCAUUAAAGGAGAAAAGUUUUCUUAAAUCACAAAAAUGGAGAUACAUUGUAAUUGAUGAAGGACAACGAAUAAAAAAUCAUGAAUGUCAAUUAGUCAAAGUUUUGAAAUCAUUGAAAUCGAUGAAUCGACUUUUAUUAACGGGAACGCCACUUCAGAAUAAUUUAGCUGAAUUGUGGUCAUUGUUAAAUUUCCUACUACCAGAAGUGUUUAACGAUUUAGCUGUUUUUGAAUCUUGGUUUGAUGUCAAAGAAUUGCAACACGAGCAAGGUACAAUGAAAUUUUUACAACAAGAGGAAGAAAAAAAAGUUGUUUCAUCACUUAGAGAAAUUCUCAAACCAUUUAUGUUGAGACGUGUUAAAAAUGAAGUAUGUUUAGAUAUACCACCGAAAAAGGAAAUAAUUGUUUAUGCCCCAAUAACUGAACUUCAACGUGAUUUAUAUAAAGCGGUUUUAAAUCGUGAUCUUCAAACACUUUGUAAAAUUGAAAAUGAACCACUUAUUAUCGAUGUUAAUGGCAAAAGACCUAAGAGAAAGUGUGUAUUGAAAAAGGAUAUUGAUAAAAUUUAUUCCGAAGCUUUAUAUCAUGAUUCUGAUGAUAAUGUUGAGAGUCCAAUAAGUAAUGAUGAUAAUGAUAUUGAUUGGAAUCCAAACGAUGAAUUUUCAAAUGAUUUUAAUUUCAAUCAUAAAAUAAUAGAUCUACAAGGGCCGUCUACUUCUUUAUCAAAUAAUAUUGAAUUAAAAAAUCAAAAUGUUUCUGAUCUUGAUAUUGAAAAAUUACAUUUAAUGAAAAAUGAAUCUUCAAUGUCGAAUAAUUAUAAUGUAAAUAAUUUUAGCUCACGUAGUGAGGAACAAAAAUUAAAUAAUUUAACAUUAUGGAAACAAUAUACAGAUGUUAAUGAAAGAAAUCGUGAUUUUUUCAUACAUAUUACAUUUGGUUCAAGAUUGCCAAUGUACAAAAAAAUCGUUAAUCAUCCGUAUUUAAUGCAUUGUCCAUUAAAUGCAUCGGGUUUGCCAUUAAUUGAUGAUGAUUUAAUAAAAGCAUCCGGAAAACUUAUGGUAUUGGAUCAAAUGUUGUCAAAAUUAAAAGAAAGAAAUCAUAAAAUUCUUUUAUUUUCAACUUGGACAAGAAUUUUGGAUAUUUUGGAGGAUUAUUUAACAAUGAAAACAUAUUUAUAUGUUCGACUUGAUGGUACAACGCCAAUUGAAAAAAGAAAAGAAUACAUUGAUCUUUUUAAUAAUGAUCCUAAUGUGUUUUUAUUUUUGAUAUCAACAAGAGCUGGUGGUAUUGGAUUGAAUCUUGCUGGCGCGGAUACUGUUAUAAUUUACGAUAGUGAUUGGAAUCCUCAAGUUGAUAUUCAGGCAAUGGCGCGAUGUCAUAGAAUAGGUCAAACUAAACCAGUUGCUGUUUAUAAAUUUUGUACAAAAGGUACAAUUGAUGAGGAAAUAAUGAAACGCGCUGACGCUAAGCGUAAAUUAGAAAAAAUGGUUAUAUCGCGAAAGGAUAUUGAACCAAAUUUAAAUAAAGAAACACUUUUAAAAUUAAAACAACUAUUAGAAUCAAAAGAUUGUCAAGUUGUAUCUACUGAAAAAGAUGUAUUUACUGAAGAGGAAUUAGAAAAGCUACUUGAUAGAAGUGAUUUAUUUCAACCACAACCAUCAACCAGUAGUGGUGGAUUAAGAAGACCUUUACGACAAUCAAAAUUAGAAAAUUCACAGUCAGAUUAAAUAAUAAUUUCAGUUAUUAGUAAUUGACUUUAUGAAUUCAAAGUUCUAUUUUUCUUUAAAUGAAAAUUGUUUUAAUUAUUAUUCAAUUAAAACAUUCCUUCUAAUUUUGUUUGUGUAAAACUUGUAAAAGUUUUCCAAACUAAUAUAAUUACCAAAGAGGUGAUUCGUGUUCAAAAAAAAAAAAAAUAUAUAUAUAUAUAUAUGUUGCGUUUUUUUACCCUUGUGAUAUUAAUGGGUCUCGUUACUUGUUUCAUUUGUUUAUUACGUUUAAAAUGUGGAAAUAUACAUUUAUGUAGUAGUUAUAAAAACACUUUGUAAUAAACCAAAAAUUAUUUUUCUAUAAUUAUCAAAGAUAUAUAUUAAAAAAAAAGAAGAAAUAAAUUGAUUAAAAGAUUAA